UUUCAUCGUCAUCAUCAUAUCUGUAAGCUUACACACACGGAGAGACACACAAACGAGUAAAUAAAUAAAAUAAAAAACCCUAAUCAAAUUAAUCCAUUUCUUCUCCACCUUUCUAUGGACUAAUUCCAUUCCGUCAAACGCUUAAUUUAGUCCCCACAAAUUUCGAAUAUUUUAAACAUGUCCGCCACGAACACAACUUCUACCCGAUCCGCCGACGACAUCGUCGACACGACGCCGUUUCUCUCCCCCAACGCCUCUAAUGAUGACAACAGCCACAAUCAGAGCCGUCGAUCCGUCAGGAGGCAGAGCUUACGCGAGGCCGCGCGAUUCUUGCGGAGGGCGAGCAGCCGCCGGAUGAUGCGGGAGCCCUCAAUGGUGGUGCGGGAGACGGCGGCGGAGCAGUUGGAGGAGCGCCAGAGCGACUGGGCCUAUUCGAAGCCGGUGGUGGUCCUGGACAUAAUCUGGAACCUUGCUUUUGUCGCCGUUGCCGUAACGGUUUUAGUCUUGAGCAGAGACGAGAAUCCGAACAUGCCGCUGAGGCUGUGGAUCGUCGGCUACGCGUUACAGUGCAUUUUGCAUAUGGUUUGUGUAUGCGUUGAGUAUAAAAGGAGGAGAAGACGGAGAAGUUCGUCUUUUAGUGCGAUCGAGGAAGGGAAUUUGAGUCCAGGUUCAGCUAGAGGAGGAGAGUCAGGGGAGUAUGUUAGCUUAUCAACCCAAAUUGAGGAGGAAGGGACCAGCAGUGUUGCAAAGCAUCUGGAAUCUGCAAAUACAAUGUUUUCAUUCAUCUGGUGGAUCAUCGGAUUCUAUUGGGUAUCUGCAGGUGGUCAAGCAUUGGCUCAUGACUCUUCUCAGCUUUACUGGCUUUGUAUAAUUUUCCUGGGUUUUGAUGUGUUCUUUGUCGUUUUCUGUGUUGCUCUGGCGUGUAUCAUUGGCAUUGCUGUUUGCUGUUGUCUUCCAUGUAUUAUUGCUAUCUUAUAUGCAGUUGCAGACCAGGAAGGAGCUACCAGAGAAGAUAUUGAGCGGCUGUCAAAAUACAAAUUCCGUAGAGUUGUUGAUAAUGAGAAACUUACUAGUGAUGCACAAGGUUCUCAUGGAGGAAUAAUGACUGAAUGUGGUUCUGAUACACCCAGUGAGCAUGUUCUUUCACAGGAGGAUGCAGAGUGUUGCAUCUGCCUUUCAGCAUAUGAAGAUGGAGUUGAGCUGCGGGAACUCCCUUGUGGUCACCAUUUUCACUGUGCCUGCGUGGAUAAGUGGUUAUAUAUAAAUGCUACCUGUCCUCUCUGCAAGUACAAUAUUUUGAAGAGUAGUAACCAAGAUACAGAGGAGAUAUAAAAGAAAUUCAAAUAAUUGUGCAUGAUCAUGUACCUAGACGGCAUACCUGUCUAGCUUGUGAGCAUUUUAAUGUGCAGCGUCGCAGUAUUCUCAAUACAAGCUUUAUUAUUGUUGUUGUGGUAGUAGUGUUGUGCUUGUUUUUGCGCUGGCUUUCCUGAGUCUUGUGUAUAUUAACAUCAGCCAGGGCCUCUCAGCACUAUUCAAAGUUCUGAUUUGCCUUUUUUUUCAGUUUUUAUUUGUUUUGUUCUUAGUUAGGUAACGGUUAUUGACUGAUGUUUUGCUGUUAUUUAAUUACUUGUGUGUGUCCUAGUUUCACUUGUAAAAUGUGUUUGAUGACCCUUUUCAUAACCCUCCUUAAAACGGGAUGUAGGAGUUUUAUUUUUUCACUACGUAUAUAAUGUUAAUAAAUCUCUCUUGCUGAAA